CGAAGUUUUAGCAACUGGUAAUAAUAAGUUUGUAAACUUGCUAAUUUUCAAUGCAUGUGAUUAAACCGAAGCGGAACGUGUUGCCGAUGGUGCGGGCACCGUACGACACCUCCCAGGAGUACAAUGCGAUCCAGGUCGGCAACCAGCGGGACCGGCACGACACGCCCCCCUCGUACGCCCCGCAACCCUCAUACGCCCCGCCCCCCACCUACGUCCAGCCCCCCAUGCAGCAGCCCCAGGUGCAGACUCAGCUGGUUCCGAUAGCGAGCCCGCAGAUCGUGCGGUACGAGGGCACGUCGAGGCUGGAGGGUAUCGAGGACCGGCUGGCCCAGCAGGAGAAGACAACCCAGGCGCUGAUCGAGCGGGCGUACAAGAUCAAGGAGGACGUGAUUGAGAGCCUCAACUUCACGCACGGCUCAUGGCAGGACGAGAAGGCGGCACGCGCACACCUGUCUGAUCAUGUGAAGAACAUCACGGCUGUCGUCAAUCGACUCAAUCACGACAUCGCGGUGUUGGAGGAGUCUAUCAAGGUGCGUGACAGUGCGUCGGUAGGGACGAACCACGCGGUCAAGAACCUCGAGUCGCACCACGUCCAGAGUCUGUCCGACCUGCGUGGCCGAGUUGUCCGGUGCGACACGUCCAUUGCAAAGCUCGCACAGGACAUGCGUGUUGUCAUGGACUCGUGUCGGAUUCUUUCUAACCAGCAGCAGGAGCUACAGACGAGGAUCAUGGAGAGGAUGCAUGGAAUAGAGGGACAGCUGGUUCAGAUCACGAGUCACAUCGAGCGCACGUCAGGAGAGAGUAAGAUAAAGCUGAGACACCUGGAGGGCGACACAAACCAACACCUGACGAUGCUCGACGUGAAGACGCGCCAGCUCAUCGAGGACCUCAAGAACAUGGUCACCAAUGUCUCCAUGACGACCGACAUCGAGCGCGAGCGGCUCGAGCAGAGGAUUAUCUCACUCAUAGAGAAGGCGGGGGCAACGCGUGACAUCAUGAUAGAGAAGGUGGAGAAGAAGGUGGAUGACAACCACUACUUGCAGGAAAGUCGCAUCCAGAAGCUUGAGGAGUCCUUACUGGAAGAACGAGCCCAUGUUUCGGAACUACAGGCCCAAAUUGAAUCACAUCUGCUUUCCAAACUGGACUCUGACUUCCGGCGACAGCAUGAGGAGAUCGCGAAGUUGAAGCGUGAGUGUCGGGAGGGUUUUUCCACCGUCCACGAGAGCAUCAGCAACAUGAAGUUGGUGGUUGAGGGAAAGAGGAAGUUACUGGAGGACCAGCUCAGGAAGGAAAUCAGCCAGAUCAGGAAGAUGAUCGUGUUGGUCUAGAUUGAAUUAAUAUCUCAUUUCGUUGAUGACUGGACGUUCAGGACAGACAGGCCAGUGUUAAGUAGUCAUCCAGCAUGCUAAAGUCAAACAGUCGCCUGUGUUAAGUAGUCGUCAGUGCAGCUAAAUUCAAAAGGUGGCCGGCUUUUACAGGGCUCACACUGGAAAGAAAGUUAUUUUAAACUGGCAAAUUUAAACAAUAUAACAAUAUAUUAUUAGCCAAAUACUAAGAGCAAAUUUUCGAAGCCUGUUUUUUUUUUUUUUAAAUGCAGGUUAAUGCAUAUAGUUACAUGUGCGUAAGAGGAAAAACAGGCUUCGUAAAUUUGGCCCUAAAUGCUUUAGCCACUUUAUAUAAAAAUGUGAAGCUGGCUAAUUGGGCUGUGGGCAGGGUGAGACGUGUCUCUUAGCCACCUUAUAUAAUAAUGUGACGCUGGCUAAUUGGGCUGUGGGCAGAGUGAGACAUGUGUCUCUUAGCCACUUUAUAUAAUAAUGUGACACUGGCUAAUUGGGCUUUGGGCAGAGUGAGACAUGUGUCUCUUAGCCACCUUAUAUAAUAAUGUGACGCUGGCUAAUUGGGCUGUGGGCAGGGUGAGACAUGUGUCUCUUUUGAUACUGUAGGUAGUUGUUGUAUCAGAUGAUUUGGUGCAUGAUGUCAUAAUGUUUCAGUCAGAGUUACUUCCCUUGGAAAAAUUGUGUUUCAGAAUAAUAACAAAUUAGAUAAUUUUUCAUAAUACUAUAUUAUCUGUGAAUUUAAUUGUUUUCUGGCAUUUAAGUUUAUAACAACAAAAAAAUCAGGUUUUAAUAUUUGGGGUUUUAAUUGGGGGAAAUUCAGACUCAUUCCCUAAUGUUUCACAUUUGUAAAGCGGUACUUGAAAUCCACCAAAAGACUUGGAGAUAACUGCCAUUUUUGAGUUGAAUAAUUGUUAAUACCAUACUGUGACACUGACAUUUAUCAUGUCUUGUUAAUUAAAAUGUACAUAGUACAUUUUGAUAAGCUGGUACACUUUUAUGCAAAGCAACAUGUUGUAUUCAUAAUUUAAACAUAUGCAAUAAAAAAAAUUACAAAUGGGAUGACCUUUAGGUUUCAGAACAGGACAUGAAUGGAUUACAACAACUUUUUGGUGGGUGAUUUUAUUCUUUUAAUAAAAAAACCAAAAAAGAACCCUAAAUAACUGAUAACAUAUUUUUUUUAGAAAUAUCUUGUUUGUCUAUAGACAUAUAUGAAUGACUGACAUUGACUGUGUGGCAGACACAAAAUUAUUAAAAGUUAUGUGGAAGACAAAAUCCCAUCAGACUGAGUUGUAAGAGACCUAAAAUUCAUUGCUCGGGGUAGACAUGAGACAAUUUAAUUAAAAAUCAGCUUGUAGGAAACAUUUGUUUAAAUAAUAAUCAUUUGUUGGUGAGAUUGUUUUGGGGUCAAUUUAUAGAGGUAUAACAGUCAUGAAUUACAUAGUAUAACGAAGUGAAUUUAAACUAAAUUUGUGACUGUUAUAUAUCGAUAUAUUCACACACAAAAUUACAAACAAUUCUUAUAAUUACAAACAACAUAAAUUAUUUAAUGCACACAAAUCAGUUUAUAAGUCCUUUCCAUGAUGUCCCAGUUGACGUAAUUACAUCCCAUGUGAUGUAACGAUAUCCCAUUUGAUGUAAUAAUGUUCCAUUUGACAUUAUGACAUCCCAUUUGAUGUAAUGACAUCCCAUUUGACGUUAUGGCAUCCAGUUUGGUGUCAUGACAUCCCAUUUGAUGUAAUGACAUCCCAUUUGAUGUCAUGACAUCCCAUUUGAUGUAAUAACGUUCCAUUUGAUGUCAUGACAUCCCAUUUGACCUAAUAACGUCCUAUUUAACAUAAUGAUGUCCCAUUUGACGUUAUGACAUCCCAUUUGAUGUUAUGAUGUCCCAUUUGACAUAAUGACAUUCCAUUUAACGUAAUGACAUCUCAUUUGACAUAACGAUGUCUCAUUUGACAUAAUGGUGUCCCAUUUGACGUAAUGAUAUCCCAUUUGACAUAAUUACUCCAUUGUUUUUAGUUCAGCAAAGUCUUCCAAUCAUCAGAAUAGUAUAAAUCAUGUACUGGUAAGAAAAGAUUUCUUUGAAAUCUCAUACACUCUUAAACAACAGUUUGGGGAAGUUAUGAAUGGUAUAUAAAAUCAAACAUUUUAGGAAGUAGUUAGUUUAAAAUAUUACCUUUUUUAUGUAUAGCUUACUGUUGCUAGAUAACUAGUGAACAGACAGUUCUAUUAGUACUUUAUACAUGUAGCUUACUAUUGACAGAAAUUCAGGGAGGGCUGUUGCAAAACUGAUCAUGUGUAAGGGUUGGGUUUUAUUUUUUAAUAUACCCAUAUUGACGAAAUAUACAUUUAUUUCAGUCAUGUCCCACGUGUGAUAAAUUUUGGAAAAGCCCUAAUUAAACGUUUGAUUAAAAUUGAUAGUAGUCUCCCAUUAGUGAAGUUAGCUCAUUCAUACCUUAUGCAAAACAUUGAUUAACAUAUCACAAAUGUGAGAAUAUUUUUGAAAUAAAGUUUUUGUAUUGUUAUCCAACAAUGGGAAGUUACAGGAUGACUGAUGUAUUUUGUUCUCUUUCAUGUCCAAGCAUUGCUUGCUGUUGGGUACUAGUCAGAUGACCACAGAAAGAAAAAAAAGAAAAAAAAGUUUUAUUUAACGAUGCACUCAACACAUUUUAUUUACGGUUAUAUGGCAUCAGACAUAUGGUUAAGGACAACAUAGAUAUUGAGAGAGGAAACCUGC